CACACUAGCUAUGGAUCCAAACCCUAAAACACAUCAUCACACAAUAACAUAUCACAUUGCUCUCUAUAUCUCUAUAGAGAGAGACAACAAUGGAGAUCAAUAAAACCAUUUUGGCUCUUUUAUUGUCUCUCUUUGUCUCAACAUUUGUUCAUGAAACUUAUGCCAACAAACAAAUCCAUGCCUUGAGUCGGCUCUAUAAGGCAAAGUUGUCGAAAGACCCCGCAGUAAAUACCAGCCAUUUCGAGCCACCAAAACAUUUACACAAAGACAAAGUUGUUCUUGAUCAAACUGGCCGAAAAGAGAACGAUAAAAUUAAGAAACUUCCUGGCCAACCAUACGUGAAAUUCGACCAAUAUGGUGGCUAUGUCACCAUAAACGAAUCUGCAGGACGAGCAUUUUACUAUUACUUCGUUGAAGCUGAGAAAUCCAAGGAGUCUUUGCCACUUUUACUUUGGCUUAAUGGAGGACCGGGUUGUUCGUCUCUUGCCUAUGGAGCAAUGCAGGAACUAGGACCAUUUAGAGUCCAUAGCGAUGGAAAAUCUCUUUACCGAAACAAAUUUGCUUGGAAUCGCGCUGCGAACGUUCUGUUUUUGGAGUCACCGGCUGGAGUAGGAUUUUCAUACUCUAACAGAUCUUCGGACUACAAAAAUGGAGGUGACAAAUCAACGGCUGCUGAUAAUUAUGUGUUCUUGUUGAAUUGGCUAGAACGAUUUCCCGAGUAUAAGAAAAGGGACUUUUAUCUAGCGGGAGAGAGUUAUGCAGGGCAUUACGUGCCUCAGCUAGCCCAAACCAUUAUUUACCACAAUUUAAUCGCUAACAAGACCUUGAUUAAUCUCAAAGGAAUCCUUAUUGGAAAUGCGGUGAUCAAUGAUGAGACAGACACAAUGGGGAUGUAUGAUUACUUUGGUUCACAUGCUCUAAUCUCAGAUGAAACUGCUUCUGCAAUCCGCAAAACUUGUGAUUUUUCUCCAAAUGCAGCCACUCAGCCAGAAACUUGCAUUGAUGCCACAAAUGAUGCUGAUUAUAACAUUGAAGCAAUUGAUAUCUACAACAUCUAUGCCCCUUUAUGCUUCGAUGGAAAUCUUACCACCAAACCGAAGAAGACAUCAUGGCAGAAUAUUGAUCCUUGUAGCGACUACUACACCUAUGCUUAUAUGAACCGAGAAGAUGUUCAAGAGGCUAUCCAUGCUAAUGUCACCAAACUCGAGCAUGAUUGGGAACCUUGCAGUGAAGUACUCAAAGGUUGGCAAGAUAGCGCAACAACGAUCAUUCCACUGCUUAAGGAAUUUAUGAAGUAUAAGCUUCGUGUUUGGGUAUUCAGUGGAGACACAGAUGCAAGAGUACCCAUCACUUCAACCAAGUACUCCAUUAAUUCAAUGAAGCUUUCUAUAAAAACUAAAUGGCAUCCAUGGCUUCAACAGGGAGAGGUAGCCGGAUAUGCACAAGUUUACAAAGGAGAUUUAACAUUAGCCACUGUUCGAGGGGCAGGGCACCAAGUGCCAAGCUACCAACCGAAAAGGGCACUUUCACUCGUCAAGCACUUUUUAAGAGGAAAACCGCUACUGGAUUCUUCAAAGGGAUGAUGUGAUUCGAUAUAGGACUCUUGAUAAAUUAUUCUUUCACAAAUAUGAAGAUGUUUUCUGUUCUUAAAGUUGAUUAAUUUGUAAUUAGGCCAAUUUAAUUGUUGAUCAUUGGUGAUAUAAAGGCAAUUUUUUCUUGAAAUUUUCAACAACCAUAAACAAAUAUUAUGUUUAGAAAUGAAAAUCUGAUGAAUUGUUGUUGUAA